UGUUGCUAUGAUUGUCAAUACUGUCAAAAUCGUAAUUUUAGGUUAGAAAAAUCGUAAAAUAAAAUAUCAAAAUAGUAAACGAAAAGUUUACUAAGUAGUCGUAAAAAUGCUAUGUGCAAUUAGGAAUACGUUGAGAGCUCCUGUGGCAACGGUUGCACGGUUGCUGCAAACCUCUGCGCCUCUGGGAUCAGACAAGUUCGAUCACAAGAGAAUACCCCAAGAGGAUGAAGGUGUUCAGGGAGAGAAGGUCAUUGAUCUUGAUAUGAAAGUGAAACAAAACCUUUUUCCAACUCUAGAGUCAGACAACUUGAUAUUCAACGGCACAGUUUACAAAGAUCUGCCUAUCUGCAACAUCAGAGUGUCACACAACAACACCAUAUUCACAGUGACUGAUGCCAAUGGCACUGUGAAGAUUAUCAGGUCAUGCGGCAUGGAGGGCUUCAAGAACACCAAGAAAGGAACUAACAUUGCUGCUCAGACCACUGCUAUUGGUAUUGCUACUAGAGCUAUUGAUAGAGGAGUCAAAACUGUCAGAGUGAGGAUGCAAGGAUUGGGACCAGGAAGAUUGGCUGCAGUAAAAGGAUUACAAAUGGGUGGCUUAGAUAUUGUGUCUAUCACAGACAACACCCGUGUAUCAUGGAACCCACCGAGACCCAGGAAAGCAAGGAGAUUGUAAAUACCAACCAUAGACAUAAUUAGUUCACUAGUAUUUGUAUAAUAAAUAAAAAAAAUGUUAAACUUACAAA